AUGAGAGAUGUUGCCUUAUCAGGUGCAGACACUCCAUUGCAUAUUGCUUUCAUGGUGGGAAACCUUCAUUUUGUGAAAGAGGACUUAGAUGUGAUGCUGAAAUUCGCAAAAGAAUUGAACCGCGAGAGUCCAUUGCACAUUGCGACAGCUAAUGGGGAUGUAGAGAUUGUAAAGGAGAUCCUGAAAAUAGAUGGUAGUUUGUGUAUGGUUAAGGGAAAAGACGGAAGAAUUCCCUUUCAUUAUGCAGUGAUCAAAGGGCUCCAUUUGGCAAUGAAAAACAACCAAUUUGAAAGAGCCUGGCAAUGCACCUCAAGACAUACUAUAAAGAGGGUAUAUUGGAUACGAAGGAUGAACAGGGGAAAACCAUCUUGCAUCUUGAAGUCUCCAUAA